CAUGAUCUAUGAGGAUGUUCAGAAAUGCAGUAGCCCUUCGGAGGCCAACAACGGGUGGAGCUCCAGUGAGUUUGAGAGCUACGAUGAGCAAUCUGAUAAUGAUGCCAAGCUGCCAGCAAGAAGCAAGGUUCAGCAGUUCAUGAAGGCGGCGAGAAGCGGGACGAAGGAUGGGCUUGAAAGGACAAAAAUAGCCGUUAUGAGAAAAGUCCCCUUCCUGCAAAGAAAAGAUCAAACGGAGGAAGAGGAUGAUGCUGGGUACCUGGAUGUGGCAGUGUCAGACGUGAAGCAUCCUCCCCCGCAGCUGAGCCCGAUGCCAGAGGGGCUGACGAACCACCAGGUUGUCAGGCGCCAUAUCCUCAGCUCCAUCAUACAGAGCGAGCGGAGCUACCUGGAGUCUCUCAGGAGGAUCUUGCAGGAGUACCACAAAACGUUGAUGGAAGGCGACCCACGCAUUCUGAGCACAAGGAAGAUCCGACCCAUUUUCUACCGAAUCAGAGAGAUUACACAGUGCCACUCCAUGUUUCAGAUUGCACUGGCAUCUCGUGUGGCAGAGUGGGACAGCAACGAGAAAAUCGGAGACUUAUUUGUCGCCUCGUUUUCUAAGUCCAUGGUGCUGGAUGUGUACAGUGAUUAUGUGAACAACUUUACCAAUGCCAUGGCGCUCAUUAAAAAGGCAUGCAUGUCCAAACCGGCCUUUCUGGAGUUUCUGAAGAAGAAGCAGGCCUCCAGCGUGGACCGGAUCACUCUGUACGGGCUCAUGGUGAAGCCCAUUCAACGGUUUCCGCAGUUCAUUUUGCUGUUGCAGGACAUGUUAAAGAACACGCCGAAGGGCCACGUGGAUCGCCUUCCCCUCCAGCUUGCCCUGACCGAGCUGGAGAUGCUCGCCGAGAAGCUGAAUGAACAGAAACGAGUCGCCGACCAGAUUGCGGAGACGCAACAACUUGCCCGCAGCGUUAGUGAUCGCCUGCUCAGUAAGCAACUGAACUCCGAGCAGAGGUCACUGGUCCUUUGCGAGACGCUUAUUGAGACCGUGUUUGGCGAGCGGGGACAAGUCCUGAAGUCGAAGGAGAGGAAGGUCUUCCUCUUUGAUGAUGUGCUCAUCUGUGCCAACAUAAAUGUCAAGGGGCCUCCAGAUAUCAGCAGCCUUGUCCCUGUUGGCCCAAAGUACACCAUGAAGUGGAGCGCCCCCCUUCAGAACGUGCAGGUAGUGGAAGUUGGGCAGGAGAGCUCUCAAAGCAAAGACUUGUUUCAACAAAGUGGGGCUAAGAGGCCAAGUGGUGCCUCCAAUUCAGCUCUUCUGGGUCCUCCACGGCUCUACCAGCAGCUACAAGAGCUGCAACACGACCUUUCGAUUGUCGAAGAGGUUACGCUGCUCGUGGGCACGCUGCAAGGGACAUAUCAGAACCUGAACACCACCGUUGCACAGGACUGGUGUCUGGCUCUGCAGAGGCUUAUCCGCAUCAAAGAAGAACAGAUCCAGUGUGCGAACAAAUGUCGCUUACGCCUACAGGUGCCUGGCAGACCAGACAAGUCCGGGCGACCCGUUAGUUUCAUGGUGGUCUUCAACACUCCCAACCCCCUUAGUAAAAUUUCCUGGGUCAACCGUCUGCACUUGGCAAAGAUUGCACUGCGAGAGGAGAAUUCCGCUGGCUGGUUGUGGGGGGAAGAUGACGGGAAAAACAGGGCUCCGUUCUGGUGUCCGCUGCUUGCCUGUCACAUGCCUGUUUUUGCCACAAAGUCUCUGGAGAGAAAGCUUGAAACUGCCCUCCACAAUCCUGUUCACUGUUCACUGUUGGGCUUCUCUACAGCAAUCACUUCCUUACCUCAAGGCUACCUCUGGGUUGCUGGUGGAGGCGAAGGCUCUCAAGGCCACAUAGAGAUAUUUUCCCUCAACAGACCCACCCCAAGGUAUGUGAAAAGCCUGCAGGUGGACUCACCUGUCCGAUGUCUGGAGUAUGCACCAGCACCUUCACCGGCAGAGGAGACGGGAAUGCAGAAGGCUGCCUCAGGGAUCAGUACCAACAUUUGUGUCGGAUUGGAAGAUGGCCGCAUCCUGGUCUAUGGGAGUGUUGACACCGCAGCGCAAUGCCUGCUGACCCUCCAAAACCCAGAGGGCUGCCCUGUGCUGUGCCUCAAGCACUCCUCUCGCUUCCUCUUUGCGGGCCUGCAGAAUGGGAUGGUGAUGGUUUAUGGAAGAAAUGACAGUGGUGAGUUGUAUGAUCUUUGGAACCCUGACUCCUGCAGUCGUGUAAGCCUGGGAUCAGAACCAGUUUGUAUUUUGCUGGUUCUGGAUGAAUCGGUGUGGGCAAGCUGUGGGAACUCUGUCACUGUUAUCGACAUCUCCAGCCUCACAACCCAGCAGAAAUUUGAAGUCCAUCCAGACCCCAUGGUCAGUGUUACACACAUGGCGUGCGCUGGUGGAGGCGUGUGGAUGGCGUUCUCUGAGGGCUCCUCCAUCCGUCUCUUCCAUACAGAAACACUGGAGCUGCUGCAGGAAAUCAACAUUUCAACACGCUCAACGCUGCUGAGCACCGGUCAACAGAGCAUUCGUGUCACAAGUCUUCUAAUUUGCCAAGGUCUGUUAUGGGUGGGCACAGCUCAAGGCUUAAUCAUCACUCUUCCAGUUCCAAAACUGGAGGGCAUCCCUAAAAUAACAGGGAAAGGAAUGAUUUCCCUCAAUGCUCAUUCUGGGCCUGUGGACUUCCUUGUGGCGAGCACCAGUACUCUGUCUCCUGACCUGCUGAAGAGGGAUUCUGUUGGGGAUGGUCCAGACUCGGCCUGCGGAGGCGAGGACCGAAGCGACACCUCCUCUCAGGAGUCCCUUCAACCAUCCAGCUGCUACAAGCCAGAGGAAAAGGCCAAAGGGCGUAGCGUUCUGCUCCAGUACAAGCUGCGCUCUACAUCAGGACUACCCGGUUGGCCAUUAACGGCACUGGGCGACGAGGCGUCCGACUCCUCUCUGGAGUCUUUGGAACACAGCGUGGAAGAUGGAUCUAUCUACGAGCUCAGCGAUGACCCAGAAAUGUGGGUUCGGGGCCGUUCUUGUGAGCGGGACGGGUCGCGCAGAGACAGGGUGGUGUCUGCUGCGGUUAUAUCUGGAGGAAAGGGAUUCCGGAGGCUGAAGGAAGGAGCUGCAGCAGGUGGCAGGACAAGCGGAGAGGGAUUAGAAAAUAUUCUUAUGGUAUGGCAGCUCCCAUUGACGGUGUGAUACGGAAAAUAUACAGCAAGGUGACGUUUAUUUAUAGAAGUCUACUCAGCUUAGCCUUGAAUCACCUCCUCCAUAAAUUCA